AAGGAAAGACUCAGCAAAACCUAGACAGUCCGGGUCAUUUCGAAAAAAAUUCGAAAAAUAACUAUAUGGCAGCACCCAGAUUCACAGGAGGGAAACCGCCUCUAUCGACCAACUGGUGAAAGCCAUAAUACAAGACAGAGUGCUCGACACAGAUGGCGGAACAAAUCGAGACCCUGGCGGGCCAAGGCGUCUUAGAAAGAGUUUCGGAACCAGGACCGAGCUUUGUCUCAAAGAUGUUUCUGGUAAAUAAGAGCGACGGCGGCUGGCGGCCGAUCUUCGAUUUGAGAAACCUGAGCAGGUAUGUAGAGACAAGAGAGUUUCAUCUAAUUUCGCACGCAAAAGUUUCAGAUUUUAUACAGCCCGGAGACUGGCUAAUCCGAGUCGACAUGUCUCAGGCGUAUUUCCACAUCCGAGUGGCGAGUUCUCACAGGUGCUUCUUACGCCUGCUCUUCAGAGGAGAACUUUGGCAGAUGACGAGCUUGCCCUUUGGUCUCUCAGCUGCGCCUCAGGCCUUCUCAACCGUAACGAACUGGGUAGCAGAAACCCUUCGUUCACGAGGCCUGAGAGUUCUGGUCUACCUAGACGACUUUCUAGUAGCAUGCCAGAAUAAGAACGAGUUGGUUGCCCAGGUAUCCAUGAUGGUAGAGCUGCUGGAAUCCCUGGGCUGGCAGAUAAACCGGAGCAAGAGCAUCCUAAGACCUUGCCAGGACUUAGAGUUUCUCGGCAUAAGAUGGAAUGUCGAGAGGGAAAAGAUGAGUCUGCCAGAAAAGAAGGUCGCAAAGAUUAUAAAGCUGACGACGGACAUAGAAAGAGCUCAAAGUUGUACCUUGAAGGAGGCCCAGUGCCUCCUGGGACACUUAAACUUUGCGAACUUCGUUGUUCCGAGAGGACAGCUCCAUUGCCGCUACCUCCAACGAUUCUUGAUGGGAUUCAAUCAGAGCCGACCUCGCGAGAGACGGCAGAUAAGCUCCCAGAUCCAGGACGAACUCGCUUGGUGGGCGAAGGCCGCGAGUCUAACAUCUCCGCUCCACAAGAGCGAGGUGACACAUUUUCUGGUUACAGAUGCAUCCGACCUGGGCUGGGGAGCCCAGCUGAACGGAGUACUGAUGUUGGGAAAUUGGUCAAAAACCCAGAGGAAGUGGCACUCCAACAAGAAGGAGAUGCUAGCGGUAUACCAGGCGCUGGCCCAGCAGGGUCAAUGCCUGAAAGGAGCCCACAUCCUCCUGCAGUCGGACAAUCGCACGGUGGUUUCCUACAUCCGAAAGGAGGGGGGAACAAGGUCAUUGGAGCUAUACAGCCUCACGUACCAGCUCCUCACCCUGGUCGACGAGCUCCAGAUAGUGCUGUCAGCGUAUUACCUUCCAGGAAGAUACAACGGCACCGCAGACCGACUCUCGAGAAAAAGGGCGUUACCCGAGUGGCACCUCCUACCAGAGGCUACCGAGGAGAUCUUUAGACAAUGGGGAACACCAGAAAUAGAUCUAUUCGCCUCGGCCGAGUCCGCAGUGGUCAAAACUUACGUAUCGCUAGACUGCAGAGAUCGAUCGACAGCAUUUACAGAUGCCUUCAGUCAGGCAUGGGACUUCAACCUCGCUUGGCUGUUUCCUCCGCCCAGCUUAAUUCCACGGGUACUAGCGCACCUGAACAAGUGCCAGGGCCAGUUCCUACUAGUAGCUCCCAGGUGGGAGAGGACUUUCUGGCUACCGGAUCUAGCCAACAGGAGUGUAGAACCUCCUAUGACGAUCAGGAAUCUAGAGAGGGUACUGAUAGACCUGACAACAGGCAACCCACCUCCACAGGUAGAGCAGCUUACUCUGCAGGUGUGGAGGAUUGGGUGUGGAAGUCAGCUACCAAGGACUGGAAGCCCCAGGAAAGAGAGUUGAUUAAAUCUAGCUGGAGAACUUCGACACUGUCGACAUACAGAGCACCACUCAACAGAUGGAUCACCUGGUGCCAGAAGAACAACCUAGACCCUGGUUCUCCGAGAGGAUCGGACCUAGCGAGAUUUCUUGCAAGUCUCCACUUAGAGGAGGGUCUAGCGUACAGUACGAUCCUAGUACACAAAUCGGCAAUUGCGACAUUUUGCUCAGGAGGGCAGAGCAUGGACCUCUCAUCAGAUUUCCUGGUUCGCCAGGCUUUGAAGGCCAUCUUCACUGCUAGACCUAGGGAAAUAAAGGCGUCAGUAUGUGACACCGGACUCCUGUUUAAGUGGUUAACCGCCAAAAUUCCAGGGUUAACCCUGUUUGAGGUAGCACGAAGAACAGCGACCAUAUUAUUGUUGGCUUCAGGUCGCCGCAUCCAUGAUUUGACUCUAUUAAGAGUUUCGAAGGAGCACGUGACUAACCUGGGAGAAGAAAUCACCCUGUGGCCCGCCUUUGUGUCGAAAACGGACAGGGCGAGCUUUAGGCAAUCUGGUUGGAGGCUAUCCAAGAAUAGUAACAUUAGGAUUUGCCCAGUAACGUGGACCAGAGCCUGGAUAAAGCUGUCCGAAAAGAGACGUGAGGGUAGUAACCUGGAGGAACUUUUCAUAACAUUAACGGGGCCAGUCAGGGCGGCCUCGCAGACUGUAAUAUCGGGCUGGAUCCGCUCGGGGUUGAAGGACGCAGGCAUCGAUGCGUCACCAGGUAGCAUCCGAGCUGCAGUUGCAUCCAGAGGGUGGAUAGAUGAUAUGCCGGUGCAGGAGAUAUUAGACAGAGGCAACUGGAAGUGUUCGGAAACAUUCGCAAGGCACUAUUGCAGGCAGGUUACCAGGGAGGAAGAAGCACCAGCGAUCUCACUGGCGAGCAAUUUCAAGCCUACUUAGGCGAGUAGAGAAAAAGAGAGUGCGAAGCGGAACUGAUCUCUGCAUCACAUAGCAUUGAGGUGAUCACCAGCAGAAAACAAACAGGUCUCUCAUAGGGAUGCCGUGUAAUCGGCACGGAGGAAUGUAAUAUAAGUGUUUUGAACUACAACAAAACACGUAUUAUAUUCCGUAGCCGAUACACGGCAUCCCGGUGAAAUGCUUACUGGAUGAGAGCUGCUAUGACGAGAGACGCGGGCAAGCCCGCGCUUGUAGGUGAUCACGGGAGGGGAAGAGCAAUAGGGGAGAUGAACUACAGCAAAACUCCAGCAGAGGGCACGUAAGUAGGACGACUUUGGGGCCAAUACACAACAGCUUCUCUCCCAUAGGGAUGCCGUGUAUCGGCUACGGAAUAUAAUACGUGUUUUGUUACAUCGAAUUCAGGCAAAGAUAUAGAUUUGACAAGGAUAGUGUUAAAUUUGAACUAUUACCUCCUAUAGAACAAAAUUUAACUAAAAGUUAAUAAACGAGGAUUACCAAUCCCACCAAUUUUUCAAUUAUUAAUAUGAUUGCGAUUUUAUGCAACUGCAAGUUUUCAGCUCAUUUUAGGUGAUACCAUGACAGUAUCACAACCAACAGUUUCCAGAAUAGUUUUUCGGGUGAGCGUUUUACUUGCAAGCAAAAUUCAUGAUUACAUUAAAAUGCCUCGAACUCAAGCAGCAAAAUUAGAAAACCAGAGACUUUUUGAACGUUUGGGAUUUGAUAAUGGAGCAAUUGGAAUACCCGGGGUUGAUGGAGCAAUUGAUUGCACUCAUAUCCGAUUAGUUCCUACAAGGUUUCAAAAUAUUAAUGAAAUCUACAGAAAUCGAAAGGGCUAUUUUUCUCUGAAUGUACAAACGAUUGUUGGCCCCCGGAUGGAAUUUUUAGAUAUUGUUCCAGAAUGGCCUGGUAGCGCUCAUAAUAGUCGAAUUUUUCAAAAUUCUCGAAUUUACAUGAGAUAUUCUGAACGUGAACUAACUGGAAUACUUGUCUACGUAUUCUUGAUAAUUUGUAAUCAUAAAUUAAAGUCACAAUUUUAUCUCGGUUGAAUUCCGAACUGUAAAUGUAAUAAAUUCAGAAUUGUAAAUAUAAUGGAUUCUAUAAAAAUUUAAACUUUCGUUAAAUAGAUAUCAUUUGUAAUUACUUUUUCAAAAAUAUAUCUAUAAGAAAAGUU